AUGAAAGCAAUUGGGGGACAAGUAGCUGUUGAUUCCUUGAUCGAACACCGGUCUGAAAGUCGCGACUCAUUGCCGAUUUGUCACGGAUGGUUGAUCGUUUGCGAGGGUACUCCGACUCGAAUGAUCAAUCGAGAAGUCAAAUUCCCGUGGCACGCCGGCUAUUGCAUUUACGAUCCAUCUCAAAAUACGAUAUGUUGUUAUCGUCAAGAACCUGUACAAUUUACCAAUCGGCCAAUUGUCCAAAGGAACAAUACUUUGAGAAUGGAUGGCGGGCGAGCAGCGUUUGCGAACCAUUGGGGAUACGUUACACGGCCACGUCUAGCAUCACCUAGCACUGGUGCUCAUACAAUUGCAAGAUCGUACAUACGUCCUGGCUAUAAACACAAGCCCUUGUCUGAUCGGUUCUUCUCAAUCUCCAGACUGCCGUCGAAAUUCGCCACUGUUCGAACGAUUCCUCCAGAAUAUCUUAGUUAG